GCAACUUGGUGCUCGGAGCCGUUACAUGCGCCAUGGACAACGUCCCCCGCGACGCGUACCUCCUCAGCACCAAGCCGAUAGCGACCAUGAGCAAGCUGCUCACCGCGGUUAAAGCCGAGCCCAUCUUGCUCUCCACCUCGGUCUUCUUUGCCGGGUCGAGCGUCAAGCUGUACGGCGAGAGCCUGCGGAAAGCGCUCACCGGCCUCCUUCUCGAUACAAGCGCCGCGCGGUCCUUCUACACUUCGGACGUCGGCCUCAAACUCUAUUUGCACCCGACGUACAGCGCGUACGUUGCCAAAACAACGGCGCCGCAGAGCCGAGGCGAGUGGGAGCGGUCGGUGCUCACACACGCCAGCAAGCCACAAGUGAGCUCGCUCGCCGACGUCUGCGCGAGCAUGGCCAAGUCCGACGCCAUGUGCGAAGUGGGCGCCGUCGCCUCGUGGAAGCAGCUGCGAGGCGUCUUCUACACGUUUGACGCGACCGAAGAGCCCGAGGAGAUGGCGCUCGUGCAGCGGGAGGGCCGCGACCUUGCGAGUCGCUUCCGACUGCCGUUUAUUCGCCUCGAACGGACGUCGUACAGCGGGCCAUGGACGAUGCAAGUCGAGUCGACGCCGUCGCGAGCCUGCAAUAUCCAGUAAAAAUACAAAGUCCUUUUUCAAAGUGCA